AUGUCGAAAUAUAUUGAGUUAUUAGAUGUAGGUGCUAGAAUAGUUGCAAGAUCAUUCUCUCACUGCCCUCAGACGGCGCGUAUGUACUACCACCCUCCGGCGGACACUCACGACCGCCACCUGCAUGGCGGUGUCGUUGGCGGAACGGGAGAAGUUUCGGGGCAGGUUGGACGGCAUGGCGGGUCUAAGGGUUGCAUGAACAUGGAUGCAGCUCAUGUCGUUCUGUACACGGUUGUUGGCAUGGGAAGAAGGCCACCAGAAAGAAAGCCUGCGUUCUCGAAGAUUCUUGUCAAAGAUUUCUCCAAGAAGCUGAUGAUACCGUCCAAGUUUGUGAGCCUUCAUCGCGGAACUUUGGCUAGAAAAUGCGUGCUAAGGCCUACCGGUACGCAAGAUGCGUGGCGUGUGAAAACCAAACAGAUCAAUGAUUCUUUGUAUUUCAAGAAAGGCUGGAAGAAGUUUGCACGACAUUACUCCUUAGGCUUUGGUGACUUGUUGGUUUUUCGGUAUGCUCAAGAUUGCGAGUUUUAUGUGGACAUGUUUGAUCAAUCUUGCUGUCUUAAGGAACUAGCUGUUACUUCCCACAAUGUCAAGUCAAGGAAGCACAGCCACUUGGAGGAAGCAAAUCCUGGAGAAAAAGAAGCUCUUGACAAAGCGGAAAAGUUGAUGUCAAGCUCAAAGUUCCCUGCAUUCCUAAAGAUUAUGCAGUGGGCUUACGUGAGGCCUGGCGGAUAUUUGGUAAGGCCUGCACCUCAGCUAACCAUGUUGAUUGAAAGAGAAAUAGUGGAUUACCACUUUACAGUUUAUGGUACUCUGUUUAAGUACAUUUGUAACAGCUUUGGUACUCUGUUCAUGCAGCCUCUGACAACAGAUUUUGCUAGAAAGUAUUUUAAGGACAGCACAAGGGAAGUGAAGAUUGAGGUAUCAGGCAAGACAUGGACAGCUGGGGUAAGGAAAGAUUGCGCUACAUAUAGGUUGACGAGAUGCUGGAGUUACUUGGUAACAGAACAAGCUCUUAAAGUUGGUGAUGUAUGCGCUUUUGAACUUAUCAAUACCGAAGAUUAUACACUCAAGCUUACAAUUUUCAGCAGUACCAGUUAA